GUUCCUGGGUAAGAUGGUCAAUGAGACGGUAACCAUGGAGCUCAAGAAUGGCACGCAAGUGCAGGGCACUAUCACAGCGGUCGACACCUCCAUGAAUACGCACUUGAAGCAGGUGCGGGUCACUGUCCGGCACAAGAACCCAGUGAACAUGGCCUUCCUGUCCAUCCGCGGGGCCAAUAUUCGCUAUGUCAUCUUGCCAGAGCAUGCCGAUCUUAACUUUUUGCUGAUCGACGAU